UCUAGUAGUAAGAUGGCUCGCUUCCGGCAUCCAAUGGUCAUCUUGAUAUUUCACCUCCUUUGCAUGCAAACACUAUGUGAGCCAGGAGAUACGAAAACCUUCUUUAAAACUGCUGUUCACAUAAAAAGCGAUGUUCAGGGCCAAGUACGAUUUCGUUGUCAGUCCGGUGACGAUGAUCUUGGAAAUCAAACACUUAGCACUGGUCAAUAUUAUUCUUUUCAUUUCUAUCCUCUCUAUAAUACUGUUUUCUUCUGCCAUUUUUACUGGAAUUCCAAUGACAAAAGUUUUGAUGUUUACAAUCAUCGUUUAGCCCGUACUUGUGAACACGGUCUGGUGCAUUUGGACUGCUUCUGGCGUGUGGAACCUGACGGUUUUUAUCUCAGUAAUAAUGACAAGAGUUAUCAGUUUGUUAACUCUUGGUAAGGACAUCAUCUUGUGUAAUAGUGACAACAUCUGUGCUUUCAUAAAAUUCCAAUGUUUGUUUCUACAAGACACUAGUGCUAUAGAGCACAUGAUCAUGCAUGUAUGCAUUCUAUGAAAUCUCGAAUUUUUCAGUAUGAGAGAUUUCUAUGUUUAUGCCA